AUGCCUUCUGCUCCCGAGCUGGAUCGCGGUCUGGCCUACCCCAGAGACUGUCCUACUCAUGAGCAGAGCCGAAGCCCAUCUCUUAAGAGCGAGCCUAUAUCUGCAGUCAAGAGUCGCAACAACUCCAUCACGACGCCUAAGACCGUCAAAGCCAACGUCUCCGUCAAGAGCCCCAACGAAGCGACCUUCUCCACUGACAUUGAUAUUCUUAUGAAGGCGAUCCAGGCCAAGAAAGAGCAAGAUGAUCAUGCCAGAACUGAGAGGACCCCGUCUCCUCAGUCAGACAACGAGAUGUCCCAGCAGGAUGGAAAGCAGGGCCAAAAGCGUUAUCGGUGUGACUUCGACGACUGCGGUUACAGCGCGGACCAGAAGACUCAUCUUGACAUUCAUUGGCGUACACAUACUGGUGAAAAGCCAUAUACGAAGCCAUUCUGCUGCAUUCUUGACAACUGCUACAAGCGUUUCACUCAACGAGGCAAUCUCAAGCAACACCAAAACAAGUUCCAUGAGUCCACUGUCAAGAAACUUGCAGCUAAAUUUGCUACUAUGGAAAAUCCCGAGAAUUUGAGCAAGGCCGAUCAAGAACUCUGGCAAUACUUUGCGGAUCUCUACAAGAACAGCAACAAGGGAAUCAAGGGUCGCGGCAAGAACAGGAACGUCGGCCCUGUUGCACGAAUUUCACCCGUUAUCCCCAACAGCGGGAUUUCUCCCCAAUAUCCAGUGCAGCAACACCACCACGCCCAAAUGCCUCCUCCAACGCACCAUCAUGGUCUGAGCCACCCCGCUGCUUACAGCAUGAGCCGAGGAGCCCCAGGACUCAACAUCAUGGUUGGGCCCGAUGGUUUGCCUGCACACCGUGAUGCUCACGGCUACGAGAUGUAUGAUGAUACAGACAGCAUCAACGGCAGUGGCACCGCUUCGACCAUGAGUGGAACGAUGUACGAUGAAGACCAUGGCCGUCCGGAUCUUGGCUUCAACGACCGGAUGUACUAA